AGAAGAAGAAGAAGAAGAAGAAGAAGAAGAAGAAGAAGAAGAAGAAGAAGAAGAAGAAGAAGAAGAAGAAGAAGAAGAAGAAGAAGAAGAAGAAGAAGAAGAAGAAGAAGAAGAAGAAGAAGAAGAAGAAGAAGAAGAAUCUCCAAACCAAACCAAACAGUAGGUGGCGGUAAUGCUCCAUAUCGUUUUGCAUGACGCCAAUAAAUUCAGAAGAAGAAGAAGAAGACGACGACAACAUGGCUCGCAAACGAGCGAAGUAUGGCAGUUGCUCAGUGUUUGAAUGCUCAAAUGAACACAAAACUGUAUUUUUAGUUCCUUCCUCCGAGCCUCUGAAGAACCAGUGGAUUAAUUUUAUUGUUUCUGGAAAUGCGUCCGUCUGCGCCAAACAUUUCACUGACGACUGCUUCCUCAACUUGGGCCAAUACAGAGCUGGACUUGCUCAACGUCUGAUAAUCAAGUCUGGAUCAGUACCAACUCUCCAUGGCUCAGCUACAAACCUCGAAAAAGCCAGCUCAUCAAGUGCUUACAUUCAGCAGCUUCUCUCAAGGGAUGUUGCCUGCCAGACAGACCACCUGGAAACGCCUACUGUAGGCACACAGCUAUCCUUAAAGACUUUGCAGCCCCAUUUUAAAAGUGAAGAAGACUGCGAUGCCUUUGGGGAUUGUAGCACGCAACGCGGCUCCACCUCAGAGAGUCUGGGUGUGGACGCCCCUGGCUCCUCCCACAUGUCCAGUCACAGCGGGGAGCUGAAGAUCCUGAGCGUCUACGGUAAAGGGGAGGGCCCACUGGCGGGGGACGGCCAUGACACCCUCUUGACCGCGUCAGAAGUGGGGGCCCUGAACUCGCUGUCUGCGGACCACAGCGCGGCCAAGAGCCUGGAGCGCGGCGAGUGGCUGGUCUGCCACGAGGAGCUGAGUGUGCAGGUUGGAAAUCAUCUUCUCAUUCACCAUCCAAAAGAGAGGCUUCCUCUGUUACAACUCCAGCAUACACUCUUGGAUAUAUAACACCUUUAUGAUUCAAUGUGUCGUAAGUGGGGGAUUAACAACUAUUCUGUGCAAAUGAAAGAGUGUCUUGUGUGUGUUUCCUUC